AUGUUUAUUAAUUCAUUAUGUUUAUUAUGUAAAAUAGUAAUCAUUUUAAUAACAGUAAUAAUUCCGAAAUGUUUUUGUCUUAUGGGAAGUCCUCCAACAAAUCUACCGGAAUGUUUGAAUUCUGGAACAAGAACCACUAUUAAUGAACGUUACAGCUGUUCAUGUAUUGAUUCUUAUAUGAAUCGACAAUGUAAACUAUUGUCGAUUAAUGUUGCCAAUACUCCAAUAGAAAUGCCUUUUACUAGUUUUUAUAUCAAUACAACAAUUCAACAAACUGUACAUAUUGGUUUUCAAUUUAUCACUUCAGACAACAGUGGAAAUGGUACACUGUUUACACUUAGAAAUAUGAAUUCUACAUUUUUUUUAAAUGAACAACUAAUCCAAAUCAAAGCUUUUCUUGAAUUUGGACGAAUUAGUGUAAAUUUCAUUUAUCUAUCAAGUUCAAAAAUUCUUCGUUUACCUCCAGGUGCUGUUGCACUAAAUGACAAUGCUUGGCAUUUUGUAGAUAUUUUUCUGAAUACACAGGUCAAGGGAGAAUGGAAUCUAGUCUUAUUGAUAGACCGUUGUAAAUAUUCUGAGUUAGGACCGUGUAUGGUGAACGAUACAAUGAUUUUAUCAGUGAAUACAAUACAAAUAGGAGGUUAUAUUCUAAUAGGUGAUGAAUCUGGUCCAUCUACAGAGAGAUUUAGAGGAUGUUUUGAUAAUGUUAUGGUGAACAGAGAGUUGAUCGAUUUCUACCCGGUACUUUUAUCGCAAGGUUCUCGGCGUGGUUGUCCAGACUCCCAGAAAGGUUGUGUAAGAGGUAGUGUAAAAUUAUGUGGAACGUAUGGAAAAUGUCGAAAUGCAAUAAGUUCCACCGAUAUACUGACUUGUCAAUGUGAAUUAGGUUAUCGACCUAAUAUAACAGGUGCACCAAAACCACAUAGAUGGCCAUGUGAAACUAUUUCUGAUGGCUGGUCUACAACCAAUGUAGUUUACAAUGCAUUAUUCACUGAUAAAGUUCCGAAUCGUUUACGCCUGAGCAUAAGAACAAGAACUCAAACAUUUACGGUUUUUGCAGUUGGUGCGUGGAAACUUUCUAUAAGUGUUUCAAAUGGAAUACCUGAACUACGUUUUGAUAAUAUUGUAAUUACGUUAAGUUCACUAAACAUUUCGGAUGGAAACUGGCAUGUCUUUGAAGUUACAUUUACAUCAAGAUUUUUAGACUUCCAGGUCGAUGAACUAGAUAAAAUAUAUUAUGAUUCAAGAUAUUUUCCAGAGAAAUUGAUUUCAAGAGGUUCAGUUGAUAUAAUAAUUGCAAACGGGGCUAAAGACACAUGUCUGGAUGAUGCUUGGAUCGAUUUUCGUAAUAUAUGGCCCGAUUUUGAACAAGAUUAUCCAUUGGAAAUCAUUAUUAACCCAUCAUUUCAACGGUAUACAGACUGGGGUACAGCUGGUAGAGAGUCAGGUUGUUCAAGUGGUCCUGGGUUUUGUAAUAAUUCAAAAAGUCUUUGUGAUAUUACCUCUUCUUGUAUAGAGGAGUGGAGAGGUUAUAGAUGCGAAUGCUUGAAUAACACAGUUAAAGAUGACAAGGGUAAAUGUGUUCCAUCACAAUGUUAUCCAAAUCCAUGUGUUAAUGGCGAAUGUCGUGUACUCAAUGGUGUUAGUAAUUUUACAUGUAUUUGUUAUGGAAUCUGGACUGGACCAUUAUGUAAUCAAGUUUCAAGCGUAAAUAUAGCUAGUUUAAGUUGGUGGUGGAUUCUACUUGUUGUUUUACUACUGUUAGCUAUAUUGUUGGUAACAAUUUUGUUAAUUAUCUGUUGUCGCAAACGUCGUAAUAAGAAGAAAUCUAAUCUAAUUGAUUUUAACAAUGAACUAAGUGAUCAAAAGUUGGGUAUAGAUACUCAGAUGAAUGAUCCAUGGAGUACAGGUGAAAAAGAUUUCCAUGGACCGAUUGAUUAUUCAGUGUUAAAAGGAAAUAUUAAUUCUAACCCGUAUCAACUUACAACUAAUGGGUCCUAUCAGAGUAAUGGUUACUUACCAACAAGUAGAAAAUCAGAUACAAAUGGGAGUAUGGAUAUACAAACAUUUCCUAGUGUCACUGCUCGAGCCUAUGGACAAAAAACUACAGAUAUACCACCAUGGGAAUCUUUUGAUCGUCAAACGAAUCCUGCUAUAAGAUUAGAUCAAGUAUUAGAAUAUGGAUAUGAAGGAUAUGAUGGUAGACCUCCACCAGAAUUCUGUCCAACUGAGCCUGUUCUAUCAACAUCUUAUGAUGAUUAUGUUGGUGAUGAUGAAGAUCUUAAUAUAGAAAGUGUUCAACAAUCAAUAAAACAACCCAUAGCCAAUGGAAAAUUAAAUUCCUUGAACAAAUAAAACAGUUUAAAAUGUACACUAUACUUUUAUAUUCGAACAAUAACU